AUGCUCUUCCAAGGCCGUCCACUGGUGUGGUUCUUCUUGGCGAUAUUCCUUAUUUUCGUCUGGAGCCUCCGUCUUUUAGGCGUGCACGACGCGAUCGCAAACACGGUGUCGACGUUUUUCCCCGAUGCAUCGAACGAAGAAGAGACGACGGAGUCCGGGUUCAUGAGACAGGCGAUUGAUGUCGAGUUUCCAGCCCCAAUCGACUACGCGCCGAUUCGGGAAACCUGUUCGCGUACUCGGUUUCGCCCUGGGUUGCUUUUCAGCUGCGAAGAACAGCAUGGUGGCAUUGGCAUGGUCCGCAACCAGAUAUUAAAGUGCGUCCGGUAUGCGAUCCACGGCGGCGGCGCACUCGUUCUACCUUCCAUGUCCUUACGUAACGCGAAAGACAUAACCGAUAUCGAGACGGGAAACGAGGUGCCCCUCGAUUAUCUGCUGGACCGCGAGUCCUUUAUAACGCGCUUGACGGAGGGUUGUCCCGGCAUGAUUGUGUACGAAAAGGCUGCGGACUUCCCCUCCUACACACACCGGUUAGGCGAGCCUCUGUCUCUGGUGGGAGACCAUUUCGAGCGGGACCACCCAAGGGAGGGACUGAGACAUCCCCGAAAAUGGCGGCACUUCUUCGACAACUGGCUUGACGAGCAUGGAGUUCGAGAAUGGAUGGGCCCAGACGCCCCGGUACACGUCAAGCUCGAGCAGUCCUUUCUGGAGUAUCCCGUACGCGACGACGGCGAAGCCUUUGUGCACGAGUUUGGCAAGAUCCUAUCAUUCAGGAAUGACACCCGUGCUCUCGCAGCAAAGAUUCUCUUCCUGCUCAAGGAGAAAUUCGCGCUCCCAAUCGAUCCGAGGAAAGCCAUCAACCCCAAUGCUUAUUUCGGGGCGCACUUACGACUGGAGAAGGAUGCGACCUCGGCUUGGGGCCCCGAUGAAUGGCGGUUCUCGCGCAUGGACGACCAAUUCGAGGAGCAAUUUCGGUAUUUAGAGCGUACGGGCCUCAGCAUUGUCUACGUCGCGUCUGGAAAUCAGACCGUGGUCGACAUCUUUGCCGAAAGACUCAAUCGGUAUCUCUCAGCCGAGACUGGCUCACCGAGGAGGAACAUUACGGUGGUGACCAAGAACGACCUGUUGCUCGGGCCCGACCGCGAGCAACUCGACAGCCUCACGUUUGAUCAGCAUGCCCUGGUGGAUUUUCUGGUCAUGUUCAGGGCGAGCGCGUUCAUGGGUGUAGCCCAUUCCAGUUUUCCGUGGACAAUUGCUCUGCGGAGGCACGAGCUGAGCAAAUAUUCAAAGUUCGGCAACGAAGGCUCAGACCUGCUUAGAGACGAGUACAGCAUCAUCAUGGGCAUGGAAGCCGACUACCCAUAUGUCGACCCUUUUGUUUAUGGCCUGUGGCCGUAG